UCAAAUAUGUGUGAAACCGUGAAAAUACGUUACUCGAUCGGUUGGAUGUGAAUAAAAGAGGGUCCUUUAGGCUAAAGGGACCAAGAACAUAAUUAGAAUCUCUCUCUCACACUCUCUCUGUCUCUCUCUCAAAAUGGCAGGACGAGUGGCCUUCUCUGCUGGACUCUGUGCCCUUAUUGUUAUUGUACUUGUCCAUGAGAGUUGCAGUGCAGAGGAUGGUCAUCUCUGUGCUCCUUCUUCCUGCGGCGACAUCCAUAACAUAAGCUAUCCCUUUCGAUUACAAGACCAUCCACAAAACUGCGGCCACCCAAAUUAUACACUGUCUUGUGAGAAGAACCAAACAGUUUUACACUUAUUUGCCGGAAAAUACUACGUACGUCAAAUCAAUUACCAAAACUACACAAUCCGAGUGGUAGACUCUGGUAUUGAUGAGGUAUCCAUCCCUCGUCAUUUUCUAAACCGCAAGAAUUUCAGUGACUGGGUUCCAUAUACCACGAAUGAAACUCUAUCAAAGGGUGUGGUUUUUGUGAUGUGUGAAAAUCCGGUGAAUUCUCCAUUCUAUUUGAAGACUUCAACUUGCUUUAGGAAUAUUGGAGAGUAUUCUUCCAAGAUGUAUAGAUAUGUUAAAGUCGGCAGAACGAAUGCAGAGGAUGUAGAGGACUCGUGCCAAGUAGAUCGAAUGUUUCUGACAUCGUUGCCUCGAGAUGAUGACCGACAUGUUUCCUGUUCAGACGUCCGCAACGAAUUGGUAUAUGGUUUUGAGCUUUCAUGGCGCCCCAACGAAUCGGCUCGAGAUGGUUUUGUGCUUGGAGGAGACGAUUGCUACAUCAAUGAGGCGAAUCGGCUCGAGAUGGUUCAUUGUUCUGGAAUAAUAGGUGAGUAA